AUGCAACCGAAAAGGAACGAGCGCGACCAAGCCAAGGAGAGCAAAGGCGAUGAGGAGGACGAGUUCGGCACGGGGAGCGGCACGGACGGAGAGAAAAACGAAGGGUCCAACCAUAUAAUGACAGGCUCGGCGAAGGUGGACGACCAAGACUUUAAUAACUUUAUAAAUGAGGAGUACCUCGAUGCGUCAGACGAAUCUUCUUUUAACUUCUCCAUUACGAAGCCCAUUCAUUUGGACUAUGCCAAUGGGGGGAAGAAGUACGCCGUGCUGAAGGGGAUGUAUAGUGGCGGCGGGGGGGACGGGGAGCGGACAGCCAAGGGGGAGGCGCCUCCAGGGGGGGGCGUAGUCAACCCAACAGGGGAGUUAACCAAGGGGGACACCCUAGUUCGUGGCGGUAAGGCGGCGGAGCGCAACGGAGGAGCCCCCCCGAUGGAGCAGCAGAGGGACGCCCACGAGGACAACCCAAAUGACGCCAAUUCUGUUGGAAGCGAAUCUGGGGGGAACCUCGCGUGUGUCCCCCAGGUGAGCGGCCUCCUGCCGGUGAGCGGCCUCCCCCCUGUGAGCGGCCUCUUGCCGGUUAGCGGCCCCCCCCCCGUGAGCACCGCCCAGAUGGAGUUCCCGAACGAGUACCUGCACAACAGCAGCAUCGCGUCGAGCGUGGGCUACCGCGAAAACGAGCUGUGCUCCAUCAAGUACCUCGUGGUGUGUAACUUUAAAAGCUACGAGGGGGAGAAUAUCAUCGGCCCUUUUUCCAAAUUCACAGCAAUAAUAGGUCCAAACGGUUCGGGGAAAUCAAAUAUAAUGGACUGCAUAUGCUUUGUUCUGGGAAUCCCUAACAAAUGCCUGCGGGUGAAAAGCAUGCGGCACUUGAUUCACCACAAGGAGAACGAGAAGGUGGAGGUGCUCAAGAGGAGGAAGUGCUACGUGAAGCUUAUCCUAGAAAGAAACAAAGAGAACGUUCAAAUGAACGUAGAAAUAAAGAGGACGCUAAACUACCGGGGGGUGAGCAACUACUAUAUUGAUGACAAGCCCGUGGAGCAUAGGGAGUAUAUUUCCUUUUUAAAGAAAAAUAGAAUCGAGACGAAAACGAAAACGUGCCUCAUCUUCCAGGGAGACAUCGAAGAGGUGAUAAACAAGAAGCCAAACGAAUUGGCCAAACUGCUCGAGCACAUCAGCGGGUCAGACGAAUACGAACAGGUGUAUGAAGACAUGAAGGAGAAGCUGAAGGAGAAGCAAAUGGCUUGCAAGAGCUACCUAAAUGAAAAGAAAAAAAUAGAGCAAGAAAUUAAAAUACAUAAGAUGCAAAUCAACGAUAAUAUCGAGCAGAACCAACUGAAGGAGGAACACGAAAGUGACGUAAAAACGUUUUACCUCUUCAGGCUCUACCACCUUCAUAGGAAAAAGGAAAAGCUGAAGGAAGACCUGCUCACCUACAAAGAGGAGAAGCUAGAAUUCGAGCAGGAGGUCCUCUCCAAGGACAAGCAGGUAGCUAGCCAUUUGGAGAAAAGCAAACUGGUGAAAAAAAAAAGUCUCCUCAAAGUGGAAGACGAGAUUAGGAGUUACCGCACUGAAGUGAACCGACUCAAAGUCGCCCUCAACGAGAUCGGCGAAAAGAAAAAGUACAAUCAAGACUGUCUUAGUAAAGUUCUGGCCAGUCAGAAGCUGCAAAUGAACAUACAGACGCACUGCGAGAGGUUCUCCCAAAACCUGCACCAGCAGGUGAAGGAGCAAGUGAGAAAGAUGCGAACCCAAAUUGCAAACAAGCUGGGCGUCAUCCGAAAGUUCCUAGACAAGUGCACCCACGUGAAGGGGUACAUCCAGGAGAGGCACGCAGCCCUGUAUGACAGUUUUGUGAAAGCGGAAAGGAGGCUUCGUCUCAGCGGCGGGGGGGCAGAUCAGGAGGGGAAGACCGCUCCACUAACAGAGGAGGAGGAAAAAAACCUCUUUGAUAGGUGCAACCUAUUGGAUGUCAUAGAAAACUUGAGCGAAUAUAAAAAGUGCAAAGAGAAGUACCUGUACCUCUGCGCCAACAGCAACAUCAGCAUCAAUAACUUCAAUUCCCUGGCGAGCGCGCUGAAGAAGGACAUCAAGGAGCUGCAGGAAGAGUGCGACAAUUUGUGCAGGAAGAAGCAGAAGGAGGUGCUCGACUACGAGGCGGAGAAGCUCACCAUGGAAGAGGUGGCAGGUCGAGUGAGCACGGUGAAUGCCCUCAUCGAGGGGGACCAGGAGAAGGUGCAAAAUGAGAAAGCCCACUUGAGGGAACUCCACCAAACGAUCCUGCAAAAGGAGAAACGCAUAGAAGAGCUGGAAAACGAAGUGGACAUGCUCAACGUGCACAGGAAUGAGCUACUCCUGCUGGAGAAGAGAAAGGAAGUCAUCUGCAAUUUGAAGAACCUCUUCGGAGAGGACCAAAUCUACGACGAGGUCAGCUCCCUCUACGAGGUUAGCAACCACGUGUACUUCACCGCGGUGAACAACGCCAUCCACAAGUACAACAGUUUCCUCGUCGUAAAGGACGUGGACGUCGCGGUCAAAUGCAUCAGGUACCUCAAGGAUAAUAAGCUGCACAAGAUGGAUUUCAUCCCGCUGGAGAGUUUUCUGCGCAAUGUGCAGAUGAAGCGCAGGGGGGGAGCGGCGCGUGGAGCGGCGCAACUGGGAGAAUCCCGCUAUACGAAUGAGGACCCCCUUGCGCGGGCUUCCUUGGAUGACCCCUCGCGGGCUUCCACGGAGGACCCCCACCUGAUGGACGCCGUCAUGAACGCCUUCAAAAAGAAGAACAUCGUGCUGGCGAACAACUGCCUGGUGUGCGACGAGCAGUUCAAGCUGCUCUUCGACUACCUCAUCGGGAGGAACACCCUCAUCGUGGAGCGCAUAAAAGACGCCGAAGACGUAAGGAGCAAGUUCCCCCAGCUCAACGCGAACAUGGUGACUCUAAAUGGGCACAUCGUGUCGAAGCACAACAAUAUAAUCGUAGAUAUAUCCUCCUCCUCCUCUCACGGAGACAAAGAAAGGUACAGCAACAGAAGACUCAACAUCAGCAUGUAUAAUAAACUCGUCAGAGAGAAGGAGGAGUGCCGCAGCGUCAUCAGCGACUGUAAGAAGAAAAUCAUCCAAGCGAAUGAGCAGAUAAAUAAGAGCAACUACGAAUUGGAGCUGAACAAAAAGAAGGUAGCUAGCUUGCUAAUCAAAAAGGGGAUCUUCCAGAAAGAAGUGGAGGGAAAGCUAGCCACCAUAAAAAGUUACGAAGAAAGGAUAGCCAAAAUAAGGGACGUUCAGAUGAAGAAAAAAAUGGACAGUUUAGAUGGGUACGAGGCCGAGCUGAUGAAGGAGAGAAAAGGAUUGGCCUCCUUCCAGAAGGACUCCUUUAAAGCACUCAAUGAGAGGUUCCAAAUUGAAAACAUCUACGAAGCUAUCGAAAGGAGCUCCAAAGAGAUGGAAAAAAUAGACGACCAAAUUGACCGCAUAAAGAACAACAUAAAAAAAUUAAACGACGAUCUUAACGAGUUGACAGACAAACGAAACGAAAUUGAGCUUUUUCAAAAAAAGGAGAAGGCAGCCAACCAGGAGGAGAACAUCCAACUGGACAUUUACAAGUUGAGCGAGGAGGAAAAGGAGCACUCGCAUAAAAUGAACCAAACGGAGAGCGCCAUUCGGGAGAGGGAGGCCGAGCGGGAUAACCACCUGAAGAACCUCUCCCAAAUUAACCAGGAGCUUAACAACCUCCGGGAGAGCAUAAGUAGUAAUUUUGAGAAAUACGAAGCGAUGCAGAGUAGGGUAGACAAUUGCCGGAAGAAGAUUCGCAUUUACGGCACGAUGGUUAGGGACCUCAUAGGCGAGUGCGACAUGAACGGCGUCAAUGUGUUCGCGGCGGGGCUGGCGAUCGCCGAUGAGGGGGGGGGAAAGCUGCCAUCUCCCCGGGGUGGUGGGCCCCCCCCGCGCAAGGGCCGCGCGAGCAAACUUCUGCAGGGCAGCGACGAAAGCGGCGAAGUUAGCGGCGGAGAAGUUAGCGGAGACGUUAGCGGCAGCGGCAGCGGCAGCGGAAGCGAGGGGGGCGGGGGAGGGGCGGACCUGACCUUGGCCAACGUCUCCUUCGACGCGCUCCCGGAUGAACUAAAACAAAUGGACAGCGAGCAGCAAAUCGACGCACAGAGGGAGAAACUAGAAAAGGAAAUCGAGAGGAAAAAAAAACUACUCAAAAUGAGGAACGUAAACGCAAGUGCCGAAAAGGAAUAUGAGCAGCUACUCUCCAAGUUAAAACAGAUAGAUGCCUCUCUCUCAAAUGAGCGAAAGGAGUGUAACCUCUUCGAGCGGAACUUUAGGAUUCUACAGAAAAAAAGAUCGUACAAAUUUUUACACUGCUUCAACUAUAUAAAGAACGUAAUCGAUAAUGUGUAUAACAAUUUAACCUACAGUGUGAAACACCACGUGGGGGGACAAGCCUUUUUGGAUCUAUUUAAUCUAAACGAAUUUAAUAAAGACGAUGAACCCUUUUACUGUGGCAUUCGCUAUAAUAAUAUGCCCCCCAUGAAACGCUUCUUCGAAAUAAGUGAGCUAAGUGGGGGAGAAAAAAGCAUGAGUGCAUUGGCACUUAUUUUUUCCAUUCAGAAAUAUAUUAGCAAUUCGUUUAUCAUUUUGGAUGAAGUGGAUGCCAAUAUGGAUCCCAUUAAAAUGAGUUCGCUAGCCAGGUACCUUAACUCUAUUAACAGCCAAGUCAUCGUCAUUUCCCUCAAGGAGAAAUUCUUCAGCAAGAGCCAGACCCUCAUCGGGGUCUACAAGAGCAAGCAUAAGAAGUGCUCCCGCACGGUCACGCUCGACAUUUGCCGCUACCGCCAGGGGGAGUGAGUAGCGGUGCGUCCGCUCAACUGCUGCGAUCCGCUCAACUGCUGCGAUCCGCUCAACUGCUUCGAUCCGCUCAACUGCUUCGAUCCGCUCAACUGCUUCGAUCCGCUCAACUGCUUCGAUCCGCUCAACUGCUUCGAUCCGCUCAACUGCUUCGAUUCGCU